AUGAAGACCAAGAAAACCAUUUUGAAGUUGACUCGGGUGCCAGACACCGCGGCCGCGGUGACCACUGAAACCAAGUCCGCUGCCGCAGUUCUGCCCAACCGCAGUUCUGCUUCUCGUGUGGACAAGUUCAUUGUGAACCCAAAGCCAAAGACCCAGGCUCAGAAGAAGAAGCGCUGGGACGGGGUCUGUGGAUUUAUGGAUGGUUACAUUUCAUCACCAUCACCACCGUCAGACGAAUCUGAUUCUGAGUCGUCUUCGGACUCAGACCCAGACAGUGGCAAUGGCAAUGGACCAUGUGACCCUACCCAGGCCGAGACCGAAUACUAUAGCCCCACCCGGAGCCCAGUGAAUCUCACUGACAAGUCGCAUCCAACGUGUGAUGAAGACAUCACGCCUUGGCAGCCAAGCCCCGAUUACACGACCGUGGCAAGUGAUCAUAGCCCAACCAUCCCCAUGCCGAGGGAUUCAAUCGUGGGACCAUCCAUGCCUACUGUGCCUGAGGAGGGUUCAACUCGUCAUGACGACACUCCUGGUCCUGAGGCUGGCAUGCCCGUCGUCAACCCAGAUCCUGUUGUGCUGAAGGCAUUACAGCACGUCCUGAUGUUGCUGGCAGGUAGCGGACGAAGAGUCUCUCCAGAACCGAGCACUACACUAUUUGAUAUCGUUUUGCGGUUGUCGGGGUGUGGUGACACCAGACAUUUGUCACUGGAAGUGGAACAGCUUCAGGCGGAGUUGGUUGCCAACAGUGGCUCUACACGGGCUCUUCUGGAUUGGGUAGCUGAUCGUGCUGCAGGGGAUCAGCAACGUGUGGGGUUUGAAAUUCUCCGUGCUUUGGCUGACAUGAACCUCUACAAACAAAUGCGGUGCGCUGGGCACUGUUACCCGCCAGCAGAUGUCAACUAUCUUCUGGAUGACGCAGAACUAGUUGAAGUUGCUACAAAGUUUGCAGUAGAGCUCGCUGCAAACACCUCGUGGGCGCAAAUGUUGUAUACCAUGACUCUACCCUUGGCCUGUGGAACACUGCUCUCCCAGAAAAAAGCUGAUCGCGUUUCAUGCUUGAAGCAUCUGCGGGUUCUAGUCGAGAGCAUUUUGAAAGCAGAAGACUGGGUAAUGCGGAAGCCUUUGCUUGAUUUGGUCCUGACUGAUUUGGCCUACCACGAAGAACCGCUAGUGAGGGAGAUCAUGGCCCUACUGACGCAGGGCAAUUUUGAUCUAAACUCUGCUGAAAUCAAGUCCGCGCAAAAGCUGGCUUUGCGGAUGUUUUCCUCUACCUGGAGCACAAAAGAGAUUCUUGAGAGCACUUUUGCUCACCUGACUGAUCUGAUCACAAAGUCGAACAAGAACAAGCGAAUGAAUUCAUUCCUGCUUUGGCUUUACACGACCACGAGCAGCUACAUCAAGGCUUCUGGAAUGAGUCAAGCACUGCCAGACGCAGCAGUGUGGGCGGACUACAUUAGAUCAUUUGGGAUACAAACAUCUCCCAUGAUGCGGCUUUUCAACAAAGCAUUCAACGUCAGUGCUGGGUUCACCAUGCCAGAUUCGCCUGACAUCAACUUCCCAAAGUCGGCAAAGGGUGUGUUGAAACAAGGCUGCUUGUUGCAGCGCGGCGCUAUCUUUCUCCAUCGUGACCAAGAUGAGUUCUUUCUGUCGCUGGGGUUUAUCAAGUGGUGCUGUAUCGGGACGAAGCUAACAUUGGUAGAAGUUGGUGAUGAGGAGACAGAGUUCCUUACAAUGCCUGAUGAGUGGGAAGGAAUUGAGGUGAUGUUCAACUUUGAUGUCGCUGAGGGACAGGGGCCUUGGCGGAGGGUGUUGGUGCAGAACGUUCCUCCGGCUUGCUUACCAGCGGCCUUGCACAGUGUGGGCACUGCUUUCCUGAUCACUUCGAAGAAUGAAUGGUUAUUGAGGGGCGCUGUCCGUGAAGGAUGUCAGCUGAACGUUGAACAACUGAAGUCUGUGUGCUCUUCCCUGAAAGUUCCGCUUCCAGGGAAUGGGGAAGGCUCUGGCAAACGUGGUGGGGUUGUCAAGAAAGACUACGCAGCCAAGCUGAUCAAGUACCUGUUCCCAGACGCUCCCGAGGUCGAAUUCAACAAUAUGCUCCUAGCUAUGAUGGGUUGGACAAAAAUGCCAACAGACUUGGAUGUGUUGGCUGCAGUGUCCGAGCUAGAUUUGGCAAACGCAGACGCCUUUGAACAUGUGCGCAAACAUGCCUUAAACACCUUCGAGGAGAAUCUCUUUGGGAAGGGGCAAGCCCAUGGGAUUGAGGAAGCUGAAAAUGAAACCAAACGAAAAGAGAUGAAGGCCAAAGCGGAUGAAAAGGCCAAGAAACUAAAAGAGGAAAAAGAAACAACUGAGAAAGCUGAGAGAAAAAAGAACUUUGAAUUGACACCCCCCGACCUCAAACUGCUACUGCCCGGCAACGGCUCCAUCAAGACGGUAUUUUGGGCGAGAUAUCACCCAACCAAAGGCUUCUUUCGCUUUGACUAUCCUACAGGUGACUUGUUUGUGCUUAUAUCUAUUUUGUUUUGCGGUGCGCAACUUGCCACUGAAUGUAAUGACAUUGAUAAUACACGAAAAUGGUUCUGUUGA